AUGGCCGCUCUUCUUCUCGGCGCCGUGGCCGGCGUCAGAGUGCGCGAGACGGGCCUCAACAGGGCCGAGUCCUCCUGGUGGCUCCGGCAGUACGCCCUGGACCCGCCGCCCGAGCAGCUGCUGACCGUGACGUCGCUCUACGCCUUGAGAACGCACCUCGAUGCCCACCUGCGCAUGCAGCUGGGCUUCUUCAUCAAGGUCAAGUUCGACAUGGAGGUCUUCCUACCCGGUUGGGGAGCCAUUGAGCCCGGCGUGGGAGCCGAGCGGAUUGAGGAUCACUACCUGCUGCAGCCCUCGCCGUGGCUCGUGACGCCCAACGGCGAUCCACUUCCUCCCGCGCCCGUCUUCGGCGAAGAUCUGCAGAUGGGAGCUCCGCAUCCUCACCCCUUGCCCGAAGAGCUUGUGGAGAAGAAGUGCUUCUGGAACCCGCGCACUGAGGACUUCUCCUGCUUUUCCUGGUGCGUCAGGGCCCACUUGGCGGAGGUGCACAAGCUGCCUGACCAAAGGCCGAAGACCUCUACCAGGCUCACGGACGAGGUCUUCUACCGCGUACCGCCAGCUAGGGGCAAGUACAGCAAGCAGGCGAAGCGCGAGCUGGAGGACUUCGGUCUGAACUGGUCCACGCUGCCGGAUCCGAGCCAAAGGGGUGUGUGUUGGACCGACAUCGCGGAGUUUGAGAGGGCCAACGGCGGCCUCAUCCACGUCCACGUGUGGGACUGGUGUCGCCAGGAGGUGGCCGGCAAGAGCUACUUCGAACCUUGCAGCUUCGACCCUGGCCAGCGCAAAGCGGUUUUGCGCAUGCCGGACGUCUCGAAGCGCCAGCACCUGGUGAGGUACAAGCCGGGUCCCUCGGCGGAGUUCUGCCCGCUCGUCGUCUACAGCGACCUAGAAGCCUUCUCAGACCCUGUGCCCCAAGCUGCCGAAGACCUUCACUCUGUGCAGCGGCGAGUCGCCUCCUUGGCCUUCAGAGCGGUGACCCGCAACGGCUUCGAGCUGCCGACGGGAGAGAUGGUCUACCUCACGCGGGCUGAGGCGGGCGAGAGCGAGCACGCCGUAGUGGAACGCUACCUCCGCUUCCUGCUUCGCGUGGGCAAGCGCUACCUGCUUUGGAAGAAGACCACCAACGUGCCCGCUCGCCCGACGGCCGCGGAGUGGGAGGAGCACCAGGCCGCUACCAAGUGCGCCAGAUGCGACAAGGCCUUCGUCGAAGGGUGCCCUCGCAAAGGGAAGGUCCUCCACCACCGACACGGGACCGGUGAGUACAUCGAGACCCUUUGCGGCUCCUGCAACCGCGCUAUCACGCAGGCGCGCGAAGUGCCAGUCAUUUUCCACAACGGCGGCAACUACGACUUCAAGUUCCUCAUUCGCACGAUCGCCUUCCUGCGGCGCGAGGCUGAGCCGCAGGACCCCGACUCGGACGACGAGCUGCAGGACGCCGACUCGGACGAAGAGCUGGAGCCUCUGGACUCGACGGCGAGCUUGGAGUUGGACGAAGAGGUGGACUUCAAGAAGCUUCACUUCAGCGUGCUUUUCAAGACCUCCGAGAAGAUGCUGCAGGUAAAGCUGGGCAACCUGGUCUUCCGCGACUCCAUCAACUUCUACAACUCCGGCCUCGACAAGCUCAUGGACAAUCUCGCGAAGACGGCUCCCGACGGCAACCUGGCCGCGGUCUUCCCCCACGUGGCGGCAACGCACCCGGAGCUGCAGCCUGAGGCUUUGACGGUGGAGAGGCGAGUGCUUCUGCGCAAGCACUUCGCGCCCGAGAAAAGCGACUGCACCGAAGAGGACUACUGGAAGUGGACCUGGUCGCUUCUCCUACGCAAGCUUCCGAUGCCCUUCAAACGCAUGCAAUCCACCGACAUGUGGUCGAUGCCGGCGGUUUGGGCCGAUGAAGCCUACGAGUCCGAGCUCAAGACCGUCAAAGCUGAGGAGAUCGCGCUUCUGAGGGAGACCGCGGCGAUCAUGGGCUGGAGCACGUUCCAGCAGGUGCACGACUGCUACCUGCACAUGGACCUGUGCCUGGCGGAUGUCAUGGAGGCCUUCAGGACGGCGUUCUUUUCGAAGUUCGGGCUUGAUCCGCUGCAGUACGUCACCCUGCCCAGCGCCGCCUACGACGCGAUGCUCAAGUCCUGCCUGACUGAAAGGCCGGCUCGGCUCAUCACGGACUCCGACAUCUACAGGACGGUGCGAAGCUCCAUCAUGGGCGGGCUCUCUUGCGCCUUCCAGACCUACGCGAAGGCCAACUCGCCGGAGCUGGGGCCGGGCAAGUGGAACGAGGACGAGGACCGGAGCUACUUGCUGCAGAUGGACAUCUCCUCCAUGUACCCCUACAUCAUGACGAUGCCGAUGCCCGCGAGCUCUGGGGAGAAGCUUAGCCUCCCGGAGGGUCGUGCUGAGCGCUUGGCCUGGGUCAAGCAGCAGCUCGCGGAGAUCGACUUCAAGCGCUGCGACGAGACGGAGUGCCUACUCUUCGUCGUGGACUUCAGCUUUCCCUGCCACCUGCACGACUACCUGGACUGGGCGCCCCCCUGCAAGAUGACGGUAGAGCCCGAGCUGCUCUCGGAGUACUCGCGCAAGGUCAUGCAGGAGAACGGCUUGACGCCGGGCAAGGUCGCCAAGCUGGCUGAGAUGCUGAAGCUCGUCAUGAACGCCAUCUACGGCAAGCUGAUCCAGAACGUGGAGGGCUUCAAGAACUCGCAGGUCUACACCUCCAGCUCGAGCUUCGUGCGGGCGGCGAACGGACGGCGCAUGAAAGACAUGGACGUCUUCUUCGGCGAGGGCGAGUUUCUUGGCGUCGUGCACAGCGUGGACAAGCAGGUCCGCCAGAAGUCUCUGGUGCAGGCUGGGUGGCGAGUGCUAGAGCUCAGCAGGCUGCAGAUGCUCAUGAACCACUACUUGGGAAUGAAGCAUCUCUUCCCCGAUGCUGUGGUCACGCUCACGGACACGGACUCCGCCCACUACUUCAUCAAGGCCGACAGGGAUCCGCUGCUCGAGCUGGCGCUGGCGAACGAGGACGAGCCCGGUCGGUGGCCUUGCUUCUUCGACCUCGCCAAGGACCUGGUGGGCAAACCGGGCGCCAUCGAGANNGUGGAGCAUCUGCCGCGGCGGGUCUGGGAGGAGAUCAACCUGCGGGCCAAGCUCUACAGCACCCGCUUCAACGACGACGCUGACGAGCAGAAGUCCAAGGGCAUCGUGAAGCGAGCGCGGCCGAAGCACGAAGCCUACCGCGAGACCAUGGCGACUGGCAUCGAGCAGGCGGCGUCGUUUUCGGUGCUGCAGAGCCGGCAGUUCAUCCUGGCGGUGGCCCAGCUCAGCAAGAAGGCGCUGAGCCCGCUGAACGACAAGGUCUUCCAGCUGUCCGCCCUUGAGAAUCGGCCCUUGGGCCACUGGCGGAACCACGAGAUGCUAGCCAAAGUGGCCGAGCAUCCGAACCUGGGUAUCGAAAGCCUCGCUUUUCAGAGGAUCAUGAUCUUCCUGUUGGGUCGGCCAGACGUCGUCCGCUGA